AUGGCAACUGCUAACACGUCUUCCGGUUCCAUGAAUGGGGUCGGCCCAGUAACCAUGGACAGUUCAACUUCGGGGGCAUCGCGCGAGGCUAGAAUCGCUACUCACUCGCACAUCAAAGGUCUUGGUCUCAGCGACGAUGGUACCGCGCUUCCAAGUGCACAAGGCUUUGUCGGGCAAAAGGCAGCACGAGAGGCUUGUGGGCUCGUUCUCGACCUGAUUCGAAUGAAGAAGUUUGCAGGAAAGGCGCUGCUACUCGCAGGUGGUCCCGGAACUGGCAAGACUGCCCUUGCCCUUGCGGUGUCACAAGAACUUGGUCACAAGGUCCCCUUUUGCCCUAUGGUCGGGUCCGAAGUCUACAGCUCCGAAGUCAAGAAGACCGAGGUUUUGAUGGAGAAUUUCCGAAGAGCAAUCGGGCUUCGUGUACGCGAGACCAAAGAGGUGUAUGAAGGAGAGAUCACAGAGCUGACCCCGACCGAGGCUGAGAAUCCGCUCUCAGGAUACGGCAAGACAAUCGCACAUGUUGUCAUUGCUCUCAAGACUGUCAAAGGUACCAAGCAGCUUCGACUCGACCCCAGCAUCUACGAGAGCAUCAUGAAGGAGCGUAUCAGCGUUGGUGACGUCAUCUACAUCGAGGCAAACACGGGCGCAGUCAAGCGUGUGGGUAGAAGCGAUGCCUACGCGACGGAAUUCGACCUCGAGGCCGAGGAGUAUGUGCCGUUGCCAAAAGGGGAGGUUCACAAGCGCAAAGAAGUGGUGCAAGAUGUGACAUUGCACGACCUCGACAUGGCCAACGCCAAACCUCAGGGAGGACAGGACAUCAUGAGCGUUGUGGGUCAACUCGUCAAAGGGCGUAGGACAGAAGUCACCGACAAACUGCGAGGAGAAAUUAACCGAGUCGUCGACAAGUACAUCGAGCAGGGCAUUGCCGAGCUUGUACCUGGUGUCCUCUUCAUUGACGAAGUGCACAUGCUCGACAUGGAGUGCUUCACUUACCUCAACCGUGCUCUGGAGUCGACCAUCAGCCCGCACGUGAUCCUCGCCACCAACCGUGGACAAUGCAUGGUGCGUGGUACCGAGUACGAGGGACCAGCAUCAGGUACGGGUAUCGUUGCGCCCCAUGGCAUCCCAUUGGAUUUGCUGGAUCGAUGCAUGAUUGUUCGCACAAUGCCCUACGAGAAGGACGAAAUUCGUGAGGUAUUGCGCCUGAGAGCCAAGGUGGAGGGUCAUCUGAUUGCCGAAGACGCACUAGAGAAGCUCACCGAGGAGGGUGUUAGCAGUUCGCUUCGUUUCGCACUGCAGCUCCUGAGCCCGUCCUCGAUCCUCGCCAAGACUGCCGGACGUUCGGAGAUUACGAUCAAGGAUAUCGUCGAAGCGAACGAGCUGUUCAUAGAUGCUCGCCGUUCGGCCAAGGUGCUCAUGUCGAUCGGCGAGGCGACCACCGAGGCUGUGCCGAUGGAGACCUCUUGA